CAGCACUGCUGCAGUUUGAUCGCACAUUUAAAGAAGAAUCAUUCAGUCAGGAUGGCAGUUUGGGACAAACUUUGGGGUCUCCUGUUCCUGCUCGCAGGUGCUGUGGGUCAAACUGUGAUCUAUCCUUUCACGUCUACCUGUGCUGUCAGAGGAUCCACUGUCACCCUCCCCUGCACCUUCACACCUCUGAAGUCUUUCAGUGAUGGUCAGAGAGAAGUUCCACUAAAGAUAGUCAGAGUUCUCUGGUGUCAGAACAAUGUGUUCUGUCUGAGACCUGCGCCAUCUGUGUGGGACACUGACUCAAAAACCAGUGACCCUCGUUAUCAAUAUCUGGGAGACAUGAAGACAAACUGCACUUUACAGAUCAGAGAUGUUCAGCAGAGAGACAACGCAACCUUUCGCUUCAGGAUGGAAGCUGAUAAUCCUAAAGGACAUUUUACUAAUAUGAUAGGAGUGACUGUCAGAGUUGACGAUGGGUCUAAAAUGAGAAUAAUCAGCUCCAGUGAUGAUAAAAAGUUGAGCAGAGGUGAAACCGUUACACUGCUCUGUGCUUCAGUCUGCACUUUCCACCAACUGGAAGUCACCUGGUUCAAAGAUGGCCACGCCCUCUCAGAGACUGGCCCCUCCCUCCUUCUCUGCUCUCUGAAUGCAGAGGAUUCUGGGAGCUACACCUGUGCUCUGAAGACCAACAUGGAGACUGUCUCUGAGCCGUACAGCCUGCAGGUGGAGGCAGGAAACCUGGACAAGCUCACAGUCGUCCGUCUGGUUCUGUUCAGCGCUCACAUGCUGCUCAUCGUCACUGUGGCAUCAAUAAUAAUCAAAAGGACGUGUUGUUUGCAGGUCAGGAGCAGGUUAGCAGAAGAAACUCGAGAGACAGCCUCCAGACGUCACUGAGGAGCCGAGGACCAACGAAGAAGAACGAGGCCAGGCUGUGUGAAUUCAACAGUAUUAUAUUUAACAGGCUUAUUUGUCUCAUGUAAAACAGUUAAAGUGCUCUUCUGCUUAAAGCUGUCAAUAAAAAUCAAUCAGUAAGGCUCAACAGAAAGACUGUGAGCAGUUCACUGGUUUAAAAUAAAUCCACCUGUUUAUGACCAGAAUACCAUCAGGAAGUCAAAACAUGAUGCACUGGAAGGUUUAAGAUAAAACGUGUGUUGUUAAAACCUGAUUGUGUGUAUGCUGCUGUUAUUGUGUGAUCGUGUGUGGAUUGAUACUAAAGUACUCAUCCGUCCAAUAGCAGAUAUUUGUGUUUUAUAAUUGAUUCUCCAAUUAAAAUAUUGAUAUUUUAGUAAUUUGUGCUAAAUUUGUAGUUUAUCAUUAACAGGAACACAGUGGGAAACUACUUUAUUGAGAUC